UUUCAGAUUUUCCCGUAGAUUUAGUUGUAUCCCCGAAAUGACGCCCAAGUCGAAAAAUGAAGAGUCCGAAAACCAAAAGCCCCAAAUCUUGGAUUCCAACCAGAAUCCAGAAGUCUCAGAAGUUGAAGAUCCUACAGUAACCUGUGAAUGUUGUCAGUUGCUCCGUGAGCAUGCAACGCCUGUUGUCGACUAUUUGAACAUUAGCAAGUCAGAUGUCAUCUACGAUAGAACACUUCAUAUCUACAAACUUGAAUCCCUUACAACAUCAUCCAAGAAAGCUCCAGAAGCAUCACAAAAUCCUGGUCCAUCUUCGAGUUUUAGCGUAUACCCUCAAGUUGCUCCAGCAAAAAUAAAACGACAAUUGGAUAGAUUUGAAGAAUCAAGACUUUGGGAUUUGAUUGGUUUAACGCCCAAAAUGUACGAAAAAUUGCCUGCAGAGCUGAAGAAAGUUACAAAGAAUCGACUGGUUUUCAAAAAGUGCAUUUAUAGGCUCCACAAUACUCGCCAUUUCCAAGUGCCAUUAGUGAAAAGAGGUGGAAUUCGAAAAGAAGAUGUGCUGAAACAAAAUUACGAAGACGAUCGGAAACUAUUGAAAAAGAAUCAAGCAUAUCCAUGUCCUUGGGAUGAUUGUCCCCAUUCGUUUCAAGACCCACAAGAUAUGAGAAUUCACUACAUGUUUGAUCACGAGUCCGUCAAGCUUUUCUGUUGUGGAAAUCGAUUCGAGAAUUAUGAUUCAUUCCUGGAGCACUACACACAAACACUGAAUGGCACUGGACACGCUACUUGGAUGGCCAGAGAAUGUUGGGGAUGUGGAAUACGCCACGUCGAUGCUGUCACAUUUUAUCAGCACGCAGAACGAUGUGGAUGUCAGAUUCAUCCGUUUGCGUGUCCGGAUCCGUUAUGUGGAAUUAGAUUUGAGUAUUUGGUUGAUGUGAUUGAUCAUUUCUUUAUCUGGCAUGAUAAAGCCGGCUCAAUAGUCUGUAAUGAUGCGGUCUACUCAACACGGGAAUCAAUUGAAGAAGAUCUUCAAUUGUUUGAUGAUGGUCAGCUUGUCGUUAACUAUCCACUGAAAGCCAUGUACAAAUGCGGGCUUUGUAAUAUUCAGUUUGCUGCUGAUCAGCAUUAUCGUGAACACGUCGCAACUCACAUUGAGAAUCCCCAUCUCUGGCUGGUUCCGACAAUCCUCUAUUGUGUGAAAUGCAAUCGGAAAAACUGUCGAUUUCAACGCACCCGGCUCAUUGAGCUCAUCCCAAAACUAAUUCAAGUCACAAAACAUAUCAAAGUAGAAAAGUGUGAGAAGAACCCGAUUCUGCUAAUUUGGCGGUUGUUCUUAACUCAAGAAUACACAGAAAUCCUUCAAAUGGUCUAUAUGAAGUUGGUUGCCGAACAGCGAAGAUUGGCCUUUGCUGAGGAGUUUUUGGAUGAGUCGGAGCAUCCAGAAUGUGAUGAGCGGAGGCUUGCGUAUGUGCUCAAUUCAUUGUGCUUUUUGUAUACGGUGCCAUAUAAAUCUGAUAAGGAGAUACUGGAAGAGAAGAAGGAAGUUAUUGCAAAAAUUAUGGCUGAAGAUGAAGAGAUCAAUGUUGUUGAGUAGAAGCCGAACAAAUUAAAAACUAGACCACGAAACUAGGCCAUUAUGCUCCCUUAUUUCUCAUUUUCUAGGCCAUGACUUUCCAGGUUCCCUUAUAUAAUUUGCAUUGCCAUUUUUUUGUUCAAAAGUUUCAAAUUGAAACACAGUCCCGCUCAAUCUGUGUCAGAUGUCUUUCCCGCCGCUUCAAACAAGUGAAUGCUCAAAUAAAAUUAUUUUACAUUCAAAAAAAUGUCUUGUUUUUUUUUGUAAUUUUAUCUCAACUUUUACAUCUGGUUAUUAAUAAAAUAUA